UGGCACAAAGAUCAACGCAUUCGUACUUUGGAUUCCAGCGCUGACUAAACUUUCGGCUUGUUGCCAUAUUGGAGUCAUAGCACGGUACGAAUUGCAUUUUACGUGCGUUUUUUGUUUAAGAACGGUGAUUAUUAACUGUACCUGGACAGCAUACUCCUCAGUGAUUAGCACAGGCAGGGUUACGUGCCACGUUGUAGAGCCAAGUUUAUCACCUUAUUGCUCAAUCCUAUAGUUAUCGCUUGCCUCAGUUGAUUCCCUCUCGUGCUCCCUCUCUCUCUCUCUCCGCUUGUAUUCGUGUAUGUGUUUAUGUGUAAUUUCCCUUAGACGGUCAUUGUUGCGUGCCGCUAACGUGUAACAACUUUUGGUGGAUUACUCUUAGAUCUCUACAAAUCCUCAUUUGCUAGUCUUCUACUGUAGCGAUCCAACCAUCUCAGCGGCUUCAGCAUCAGCUUACGAAACUUCAUAAUUGCUUGUAACAGUAUUUUUCCAGUGGGGAACCAUUUGAAUGAGACAUAAAGAACAAGAAAACAAAAACCAAUAGAAUUAUAUAUUUUAAUAGUUCUAAUUUUACUCUAGAGCACAGCCAGAAUGUUGAUUAACUGGACCAGGCUAAACGACGGCCUAAAUUCUUGGGUAUUUAGAAUUUAUCUGAUGAUGGCUGUUCUUUUUCUGGAGGGACUGAACGCAGCGACCACUGCCGGGUCCACUUCUGGUUGUCCAUCUUGCGGCAUACAUGCGAUGGUGAAGGGUUCUGAGGAGCAGCUACUGAUCGAGAUCGCCAAACAGCAGAUUUUAAACAAGCUGCACCUGAAAGAGCGCCCCAACAUCACGCAGACUGUACCCCGGCCGGCGCUGCUCACCGCACUCCGCAAGCUGCACGCUGGCCGCGUGAGACAGGACGGCACUCUGGAGCUUGAAAACUCCCUGCUGGGCGCUCACACCAAGGACCAGGGCUACGAGAUAGUCAGCUUUGCGGACAUGAAUGACACAGACUCCAGUGGCUCUCAGCCAAGCCUUGCAUUCCAGUUUCUGCAGGAGCGUGGACAAAGUAUUCAGGUGCUGCAGUCCUCGCUGUGGCUGUACAUAUAUUCUGCUGAUACUCCCAUCAGGGACUCCCGUGUGAUGGUGCAGAUCUACCUGUCCGCACAAGACACCGGGAACCGCACCCUGCUGCUGCAGAAGGAGGUGGAGGUCCAGCGAAGUAGCUGGCACACCUUUGCCAUCACGCACACCCUGCAGGAGUUCUUAGACGGGGGGCAGCAGCAGCUUCGGAUGGAAGUCGCAUGCCGUGUGGGCGAGCAGGACCUGUGCAUGGCUCAAGGGUCUGCCAAUUCCUCCCACCGGCCAUUCCUGGUCGCGCAGGUGCGGCUGCGGAAGGACGAAUCCAGGCACGCCCUGCGGAAGCGCUCCUUGCAGUGCGGCGACGACGUAACCGUCUGCUGCAAGAAAGACUUCUACAUCAGGUUCAGGGACAUCCAGUGGCAGGACUGGAUCAUUGCGCCCGAGGGCUACCACAUGAACUACUGCAUGGGGCAGUGCCCCCACCACCUGGCCGGCUCGCCUGGCAUCGCCUCAUCCUUCCACGCCACGGUCUUCAGCCAGCUGAAGGCCAAUGGCAUCGAGACGGCCAUCACCUCCUGCUGCGUGCCCAUCCAGCGGCGCCCACUCUCCAUGGUGUACUUCAAAUCGCAGCACAGCAUUGUCAAGACCGACGUGCCGGAUAUGAUUGUGGAGUCCUGUGGUUGCACGUAGACGUGAUGGAGACCUGGGAUGAGGGGCAGGGGGAGGGCUGAAGGACAGUGGGGUAUUAUUAGCAAUGGUUGGGGCAUCAAGAGUCAUACAAUUACUGCCUGCAAUAUCUCUAUGUGCACAUGACAUACAGAUGUUACACACAAGCACAUGCAUGCAGAUAGACACAUGGCAUGUGCUAACUAACCACAAGGCCCCUUUUCCAUUGACUGAACAAAAGCAGACUAAUGCUCUGUGAAUUAAAAAAGCACCUCAAAUACAGAAUGCAAGCCGAAAGAACAGCCUUCAAAAGCUUCAGGAUCAGGACCCAACUUUCUGUGUCUUUAAUUUAAUCGUGUAGGUUCUCUUUGUUUUGCAUAUUUUUCUGACAAUGUCUUAUGUAAGAUCUGUAGUUUCAAAAUGCGGCCUUUCUGACAACAGGAAGUGCAGUGCCUCGGCUAAGUUUCUGUGAGGAAACAUCUAUGUUGAGAGUCUUCAGGUUGCAGGUCUGUCACCAUUACAGCUGUUGAGUGUAUUGAGAAACCUACUUUGAGUAGGCUUGGGCGGUAUUACAGUAAUACGGUAUACCAAAAAGUACGGUAUUUUGGGAAAUCAUGGUGACAAAAUUAACCGAGCCGAGAUAGGUGGUACUCCAUGAUAAAAUUAUCAAGGGGAACCCCCCCCCCAUCACCUUUUCACCAAAUUUUCCCAGCAAAAUUUCAGAAUUCAUUAAUGCAUAUGAACUCAAACCAAAGAGAAACAUCGAAUUCAAAGUGCCUUUCUACUGGCUGGGAAUGGGAACCCUAAAUACUUUACUGUCUGUGGUUUCCAUCUAUGGCCUCAUACACAUUCGGGUUCUGAAGUGACACUUCACUAAUAGAUGGUGUACAAAAAAUGACUAGUAGUAGUGGUGUAUGCUUCCCGGAAACGUAUUCCGUGUGGUUGUCACGUUACAUUGCAGAUGUCAUGAGAACUUGGCAUUGUUCUGUCUCAAAGUUUGUCUGUUUUGGGAAUUCGAACGCUGUUACCCUUCAGGAAUGCAUAUAGCACAGCACCUCCUAGCUGUCGCGUUUCCAGGUGCAAAGAUGUGGAUCCUCUCAUCCAAUAACAGGAAUAGUUUUAUGCGCCGUGUCUGCUGUAUUGGCAGCAUAUAAAAAGCUUAAACAUUUUGAAACAUCUCUAAGGCCUACGUGGCCUUUGAUCUCAUCUUUCUAAAUAUAGCACCACCCCUCCCCUCGCCCCACAUCCACCCUAGUACAUAUUUUUGCUCCAUUCCAUAAACUACUAGAUAAUAACUACUAAUACUUUGAUAAUCGGGAAUGGGGGACAUGUUAAGAGUUACAGAUCUAGACCUUUCCAUUUUAAUGUAGCCGUUCUUCUCGAUAGGCAUUGUUCAUUAAUUUUUUGUAACAAUGCCAAAAAACUCAGGGACCGACUAGAAUUGCUGUGUUCCAUUUCUUUGGCAAGGGCUUCCAUAAUGCAACCAGACAGUGGCCCCACAGACUGUGAGUCACUGUCUAAGCCACUGGACACUGGAACAGCUUUUAUCCUCACUAUGGUGUCAUGCUACCUUUGGAAAUCAUUGUUCACCAGACUCAUGUAUAAACAGGCACCAGGGGUAUGAACUGUCAGAUGUUCUCAAAGAGACACACAGAGAUGACAGAAAUAAGCCGUAUGCCUUGUAACAUUGUUGCAUCAAUUGUUGCAUCCCUCACUUGACUUUUCUUUUUUAAAAUCAAGAUUUAAAAUGAGAAAACAGCAAAAGCAAUGAGAGACGAGUUUGUGUGACAUAGAUGCCGGUUGGUCUUGCAGCCAGCCAAUAGCAACUUGCAGAGAAUAAUGUUUCAGUGCAUUUCGUGCAUGUUGCUCUGGAGCUACAUCAUUUACAAAGGAUAAUUCAUACAAGCAGAAUCGAUUCAUUUUCAAAUAGAAAAUGCUAUUUCGUCAUUUCACGCCAUUUCUCCAUUAGCUGUGUUGUUGCGCAAUGAUACUUCAGUAGCACCUACAACAGUGUGCAAAAGUCUUACACAGUCAAAUAAAAUGAGGUUCAAAUGAUCUUCAUGUUGGUGUAAAACUAUGAUUUUAUGUCUGUCAAAGUCUGUCAGCUUAACCCCUUCAAUAUCUCUCCUAAAGUCACCCCAGUAUUUCCAGCAACCAUACAAUAUGCCCAUGUGUUUUUUGACUUGACCACCAACAGAGCUUGAAUGGUUAAUCAAUACCUCAUAAUUUAAUUACCUGAGUGAGUGAGCUGGUGGUGAAAUUCAACAAAUAUUUGGAAUGGCUUAGGUACCCGUGAGAAGAGGUUUUAUUGUCUUACUCUUAAUAUGUUCUAGUGUUAAAUUGGUUUUUUUUUAUUCUAGGCAAAUAGACACUUACUAUGGAGAUAAAGACUGUCUAAGACUUUUGCACAGUAGAUGAUGGAGAGACCUUGGGUGCAGGACAUGCAGAUGCGCGACCUCAUCAGUUUCUUCAUGUUUUCCCCCCCAGUCCUGACCGUCACUGUAACACAGACAGCAGGAGUGAUUACCCAAAAGUAUCUCCUCUGAGAUCUUUGUGAAUAAAUAAAUAAUGAGCGGCAGACUUUAAAAAAAGAUGAUUUUAAAGGCACCAGAAUGGUAAUAUUUGCUCAGCUUACAGGUUAGGCAAUGGGCUCCUUUCAGUAUGGACUCCAGGUUAUUACUCAACGGGCAUAUGCAAACAUUUGGCUAUUGCCACAGUGUCAGGAAAUGUGAAGGUCCCUCAAGCUUAGCAGUACAUUGGCAAUUUGCAGAGGCACGUCAGUAUUCUUCUCUUCCAAGGUCUAAAGUUUGGGGGGUGAUGUCAAUGUUCUCAUGCCCUUAAUGCAAGGUCUUAUAUUAAUUACCAUUUGUGAGUCAGACGCAAUCUUUAGUUUACUCUCAAAAUGCACACAUUGGCAGGAUUAUUAUAGCAAACAGAUUCCAGAGAAGGUUCCUG